CCUGUCCCUGUCUGUUCCAGCCGCCCUCCCACGCCCCAUCGUGUCCGCAGGGCCGCGCAGAGGCUGUGGGGCCACUGUGGCCCCAGCAGGUCCGGGAAAGGCAACACCCUCUCCUGUCCUCUCCCAGCCCCACUGCAGAGCAAGGAAGCUGCUCCCAUCUCCAUGACAACCAGGGCCUCUGAGGAGCUGGACCGGGGGCUGGGCAGCUGCCUGGCUGGUGAGGACCUCUCUGCGCUGGCGGAGCCCUGCCCCGGGCAGCUGCAGGAGGACAAGGCCCAAGAGACACCCAGGCUGGCUGAAACCAGCAGCUGGGCCCAGGACCCUCAGCAGCCCCAGGCAGCCGGGGGUGUGGACGCCAGGCCCAAAAAGAUGGAGAAGGAGCCUGUGACCCGGGGGACCCCAGGCCCGGGGAAGGAGAAGCUGAAAUCUGGAGCAACCUCUGCGGGGCUCCUCCCGCGCCCGACCGCAAACUCCUCCCGCGCAGCGCCCCGGAGCGCCCCAGCCCGCAAGAAGGCGCAGGCCGCGCCCCCCGCCCAGCCGCCCCCGCCGCCCCCGGCCCUGAGCGAGGAGCUGCCCUGGGGAGACGUGACGCUCAACAAGUGCCUGGUCCUGGCCUCGCUUGUGGCGCUGCUGGGCUCAGCCUUUCAGCUGUGCCGGGACGCUGUGGCUGGGGAACAGGCCACCCCUGCCCCUUGGGUCCCACCAAUCUCACCCCCCAAGGACCCGGUGUCGCCCAUGCCUAAACCUGCGGCCGGGACGCCCCCAUCGAGACCACGCACGCCCCAGGUGGGGCCACCUGCACCUCAGGGGGAGGCAGGGGACAAGCCCGAGGUUCCCAGGAGCCAGGAGGCUGCAGAGAAGGUGCAAAGAGAUCCUGCAGAGGCCACCAGCGAGGCCGCUGGGGAAGAGCGUGCAACCCUCGCCGAGCAGGGACACAAGGAGAAGCCGAGGAAGGAGAAGCCGCGGAGGGAGAGGCCGCGGAAAUCCGAGAAGCCGUGGAAAGAGAAACUGCAGAAGGAGGAAAGGCCGCGGAAGGAGAGGCCUCGGAGGGAGGCGAGGCCUCGGGCUGCCGGGGAGCCCCGGGAAGCUCUGCCCCGACGCUGGGAGACUCGCGAAGAGGGCCACCGACUGUGGGCGCGGAACUCCGGGGACCCGGAGCACCGGAAAGGGCAGGCCUGGGCCUCCCCGCGGCGCCCGGAGGAGGGCCGGCCUCCGGGGAGACAGAGGCACCGCCAGGGCAAAGGGCGGGACUGAGCGGGCCGGGUGCUGCGCGAAUCCCUGCCCGGCUCCACUCUCUGCGGCGGCCCGUGGCUCCAGCAAAAUAAAGCGAGUGCUGCGGCCACCAA